ACCCCCUUUUGACAUUGCAAAUUUCGCAUCAGACUUCGGAACUUUUCUUGUUCACAGUCUUUAAAUCCCUUUUAUUAGGUUUUUAAUUAUAUAUUUUUAAUGUAAUCGAUUUAAUUCAAUUCGUUUAUAUUGAAAUUCAAAAUUAUCGCAAUAAUAUUUACCAAUCAGUUUUGUAGUUAUUAUUAAAAUAUAAAUCGAACCAACGAAAUAAAAAAAAUAUGGAAGAAUACGCCAGAGAACCAUGCCCUUUCCGAAUUGUUGACGAUUGCGGUGGAGCAUUUGCAAUGGGUUGCAUUGGUGGUGGUGUUUUUCAAGCGAUUAAAGGUUUUCGAAAUGCCCCAUCUGGAUUUAAUCGAAGAAUGUUGGGAAGUUUAUCAGCGAUAAAAUUGAGGUCACCCAUUAUUGCCGGUAAUUUUGCGGUUUGGGGUGGAAUGUUCAGUACCAUUGAUUGUACUUUAGUACAUUUCCGAAAGAAGGAAGAUCCCUGGAAUUCAAUUAUCAGUGGUGCAGCUACUGGAGGAAUUUUAGCAGCUAGAAAUGGAAUACCCGCAAUGGCAGGUAGUGCCAUUAUUGGUGGAGUACUUCUUGCCCUAAUUGAAGGUGUUGGUAUCCUAUUCACACGCAUGUCAGCCGAACAAUUCCGCAAUCCAGUCCCACCGACUGAAGAUCCAGCUGCAUUGGGUGAUCCAACGAAAGGCUUUAGUUUUGGAUCGACGACGCAAGGUCAAUACCAAUAGCCAUUAACGACGAAAGACAUAUAAGACAGUUAUGUGGUUAAAAUUCCUUCGUAGUAGUCAUCUCCAUUUAACCUGGUUUUUGUCCAAAAAACAAAACCAAUCACCCAUAAACAAAAGCUUGAAAUUAAUAUAAUUAACCCCUGGUAGGCUAAAAGGACUGUGUGUUUGAAUAAUAUAUAACUAUUAUUUUGGCAAAUAGAAAAAAAAAAAUAAAAUAAUAUUUUAGUUUCGGUGUGAAUGCGAAAACAAUGUAAUUGAAUGUGUGAAUGAAUAAUGUAUACAUUAUUAUUUUUUUUUUUGUUAUUUUUUUCUCCCCUUUAAACUUGGCCAAUUUUAUUAUUGAUUCUUCUUUCAAAUAAAACAAAAAAGAAAUAAUCUUCAAGAUAAAUUCAUUUUGAGUUAAAUGAGUUUUGUCACUUUAUCCGUUGGAUGGCGCUUUAUAUUGUAUGCUGUUGUAAUGAUAAAGUGGCAAAUGGCUUGUUUUAAAGCCUCGGCUCCGGAGCGAGGAUCUUUUUUCUAUUCUCUAGGAAUAAUUCUUUAUUUAUUUUGUCUGAGAAAUAAUUCCAGAGAUAGGAAUAGAAACUUUAAACUGUAUCAUUGUUAUUUUAGUAAAACAACAACAAAAAUCAAAAUGUAAUAAAACUUCGUUUUUCUUUGUAUAUUGUACAUAACAUAAUAAAAACCGAAGACAAAUUAAUUUCUAUA